AUGACCUUCCCCGGCACCUCAAACCAGGCAGGAAACUAUUUCCAGACAGACACUUCCUUGGCCGAUUAUGAUCGAAAACUCCGCAAGGCUGCCAAUACCCUCGGCAACCCAGUCAAAUUCUCCUCCAAGUUAUUAGAUGUCGAAGUCAAUUACUACUAUGAUCCGGCUGGGGAUGUAGUCUUCGUUGCUGAGGCUGGAGGCUCGGUCAGCGGUCUACGGCUUUCCACCAAUGAAGUAUCGUCCACUCCCCAAGGACCUCAGGCACCAUUAACCAGCCUUGCUUGCCAUGCCAGCAAGAAUACGCUAGACCCGUUCACAACCAUGCACAUCUUUGCUGGCUGCUGGGAUAAGUCAAUAUGGAAGUACACGUUCCGAUUUGCCGAUGAAACGCCACAGGGACGACAAGUCACCGAACUUACGUCUUUUCCUGCCCAUAGGGAUUUCAUCAAAUGCGUCGUGGUUGCUCGCACACCCGACAAGCAAGACAUUCUGAUUUCGGGGGGCGCUGACGGAGAUGUACGAUUCUGGACCUUGGACGGUCAACCUUUGGGUUGGCUCAAGCCUGGUUGCCGGGGGAUUGAAUGCAUCGCCCUCGACCCACUUUCUGAUCCCGACUCACCUGUGGUGAUGUUUUCCACCUCCAAACAGGAGAUUUUCUUCUUUUCAUUGCCGGACUCAAAUCAGAUGACACCAGACAACCUGAAAUUGUCGACACCUAUCAUAGUACACGAGACAAGCGUUUACAAGUUACACUUUGACGAGGAUGGAGAUCUAUGGACGGCAUCUGCAGAUAAAACUGCCAAGCAUCUCUCCAGAAAUGCCAAAUGGAAUGUCGACACGACCUUGCCGCAUCCGGACUAUGUGCGGGAUGUGGUUACUCACGAUACCUACGGUUGGGUGAUAACAGCCUGCCGCGAUGAGGAGAUUCGGGUAUGGAACAAAGCAACUGGACACCUUCAUCAUCUAUUCACCGGACACUAUGAGGAGGUGACACGGCUAUGUCUGACAGGCGACUUACUUAUCAGCGUGAGCAUCGACGCGACCCUACGUAGAUGGAGCCUUGCGCCUGCAGACCUGGCGAAGGCUGUACAGGAGGCUAAGAACCCCAAAUUACUCACUGAUGAGCCCGAGCCCGUGAAUGAUUUGCCGAUGCUGACAGAGGAGGAAGAAGCCGAACUACAGGCAUUGAUGGAGACGGAGGAGGAGGAGGUGCUGGAAAGGAUGGCGAGGGACGAGCAGUAA